UUUCUUGGGAAAUGUAGGGAAAUUGUUUUAACACCAUGCUGAACCUACACUGUGCAAUGCCUCUAGAAAACCACAAUUACCAGACUCAGAAUCCGCUGUUCUUUUAAUUUGUGGCGUCGUGCAACAUGGCGGUUUGGUAAAACGAAGAUAGUUCGUAAGCAUCUUGUUAAGAGACCAUGAUGGCUGGUGAUCCAACCGACAAGAACAAUGCAGCAGAGACCUCAGGAGUCAAGGAUAAGGAUCGGGAGCGGAAACGCAGUCGCUCACGAGAGCGUGAACGCAAAGGAUCCCCGUCCAAGGACCGGAAACCUCGCCAACGCUCUCGUGAACGCAACCGAUCCAAAUCCGCAGAAAGAGAUCGCCGUCUGAAGGACAAGGAGAGAGAAAAGGAGCACGACCGGGACAAGAACAGAGAGAGGGGUCGCAAGGACCGCGAUAAGGACGGUCACCGCAGAGACAAAGACUCCAGCAAGAAAUCCAGAAGUGUCUCCCCCAAGUCCAAGGACAGGAUAAAGAGGGAGAAGGAUUUGAAGAAAGAGGAGGAUGAGGAAGAUGAGAAAAAGAAGAAAAGCAAGGUCCAGCCACUGUCUCUAGAGGAACUUCUAGCCAAGAAGAAGGCAGAGGAGGAGGCGGAGGCAAAGCCCAAGUUCCUGUCCAAGGCAGAGCGCGAGGCGGAGGCUCUGAAAAGGAGGCAGCAGCAGACUGAGGAGAGGAAGAAGACUAUCGAUGAGGACAGGAAGAAGAGGAGGAUGUUCCAGGACAUCGGGAGGAAGAUGAUGGAGGACCCCCAGGAGAGGGACAGACGAGAACGGAGAGAGCGGAUGGAGCGGGAGAACAACGGGGACCAAGCGGAUGACGGAAGACAGAAGAUCAGAGAGGAGAAGGAUAAGGGCAAGGAGCUCCAGGCCAUCAAGGAGCGUUACCUGGGCGGGACUAAGAAGCGCCGGCGGACACGUCACCUGAACGACAGGAAGUUUGUCUUUGAGUGGGAUGCCUCUGAAGACACGUCUACCGACUACAACCCCAUUUAUAAGGAGAAGCACCAGGUCCAGCUGUAUGGCCGGGGCUUCAUCGCUGGGAUCGACCUCAAGCAACAGAAGAAAGACCAGUCCCAUUUCUACGUGGACAUGAUGGAGACGAGACGUACACUGGAGGAGAAGGAGCAGGAGGAGGUGCGACUGAAGAAGGUUCAUAAGAAGGAGGCCAAGCAGCGUUGGGAUGACAGGCACUGGUCGCAGAAGAAGCUGGAGGAGAUGGCGGACAGGGACUGGCGUAUCUUCAGGGAGGAUUACAGUAUCACCACCAAGGGUGGCAAGAUCCCCCACCCCAUCAGGAACUGGAAGGAGUACAACCUGCCCCCACACAUCGUGGAGGUCAUCGACAACUGUGGCUACAAGGAUCCAACGCCUAUCCAGAGACAAGCCAUCCCCAUUGGCUUACAGAACCGCGACAUCAUCGGCGUGGCUGAGACGGGUAGCGGUAAAACGGCUGCCUUCCUCAUCCCCCUAUUGGUCUGGAUCACAACCCUGCCUAAGGAUGAAAGGAUUGAGGACUCGGACCAGGGUCCGUAUGCAGUGAUCCUGGCCCCCACCCGUGAGCUGGCGCAACAGAUCGAGGAGGAGACCCUUAAGUUUGGGAAACCUCUGGGCAUCCGCACCGUGGCUGUCAUUGGAGGUAUCUCCAGGGAGGACCAGGGAUUCCGCCUCCGGAUGGGCUGCGAGAUAGUGAUAGCCACCCCAGGUCGUCUGAUAGACGUGUUGGAGAACAGAUACCUGGUCCUGGGCCGCUGUACCUACGUGGUACUGGACGAGGCUGACCGCAUGAUAGACAUGGGCUUCGAGCCUGACGUCCAGAAGAUCCUGGAGUACAUCCCUGUGACCAAUCAGAAACCAGACACGGACGAAGCAGAGGACCCCGAGAAAAUGAAGAUGAACUUCGAGAUGGGAAAACACAAGUACAGACAGACGGUCAUGUUCACAGCUACCAUGCCCGCGGCGGUAGAGCGGUUGGCCCGUAACUACCUGCGUCGUCCGGCCGUGGUGUACAUCGGUUCAGCUGGUAAACCCCACGAGAGAGUGGAACAGAAGGUCCUGCUCAUGGGAGAGGGAGAGAAGAGGAAGAGGCUGCUGGAUGUUUUGGCGCGCGGGUUCGAGCCGCCCAUCAUCAUCUUCGUCAACCAGAAGAAGGGUGUCGACGUGCUGGCCAAGUCUCUGGAGAAGAUGGGGUACAAUGCUUGCACGUUGCACGGUGGCAAGGGCCAGGAGCAGAGAGAGUUUGCUCUGUCCAACCUGAAGGCUGGAGCCAAGGACAUCCUGGUGGCCACCGACGUGGCUGGGAGAGGUAUCGACAUCCACGACGUCUCCAUGGUGCUCAACUACGACAUGGCCAAGAACAUCGAGGACUACAUCCAUCGUAUCGGUCGUACGGGUCGCGCUGGGAAGAGCGGCGUGGCGCUGACCUUCCUCACCAAGGAGGACUCGUCAGUGUUCUACGACCUGAAGCAGGCCUUCCUGGAGAGCCCCGUGUCCACCUGCCCCCCCGAGCUGUCCAACCACCCCGACGCCCAGCACAAGCCUGGUACCAUCCUCACCAAGAAGAGACGCGAGGAGACCAUCUUCGCCUGACGUGCCAGAUCACAUUAAAGGGUUACGCCACCCUAGGACCUGCCACCACACACACUGGGUUUUCACUCGUUUUAAUCAUCUGUUUUUGCAGUCUCAACACCUACGGUAUCCCCCCUCCUUCCUUCCUGUGUCUUCUGUUCUUUUCUCAUUUUCUUUCUUUCACAGUCUUGCUACUCUCUUCAGUCCUCCUUUUUCAUUCCUCCAUUGUUAUGCUUCCCCUUCUGUAGCCCGGCUACUGUACAAAAUGUUAGGCUGAUGGAAGGGCCUGGGGGUUCAUAUUCUGGUUUUGGAAAAGGUUUUGGUUUUUGCUACAGGAGAAUAAAGGGCCUCUUGGUCUGUUUGGGGAAGGGACGUUAAUGGAAGGUCAUGUGAGCGCCAAACCUACACUUAUUUCAAAGAGCCCCUGUAACAACACACAAGCGCUCCCAAAAGGCCAAGACAGAAAUGUUGUAGUGUGAUUGUGUAUUAUUUUUUUUAAAAUUGGAGUUAGCCCUGUUGUGACAAGUUUUAAAGUUGUGUAAAAAGACCAAUACAUUGAAUACCUUUUUGUCUCCCAGAGAAACAUGGUAAGAUGUGGUGUUUUUUCUUUCAUCAGUCAGCUGGUUAUGAUGAGUAUUUUGGAAUGUGAUGUUUGCUACGUUGAAUUCUAUGAAGUGAAUAAAACCCAACUUUUGACUGA